AUGUCAGACGUUGAUCCUAGGCUCCUCCCCAACCGGGUUCGGUGGUCUGCCCUCUUUGCCGUCAACUUGUUUGUCUUUAUGGGAAACAUGUACUCGUCAGGUAUAGCAACAGGCUUUGGAUCACUAGCCGAAUAUUUCCAUGUUGGCGAUUCUAAACUAUCUGGUCUGGUCACAUAUUCAGUCCUGUCCAUGGGACUGGCAAAUCUAUUCUGGAUGCCUCUGGCUCUUUGCUUUGGAAAGCGCCCCGUUGUCCUUGUAUCCAUGGCGAUGUUCCUAGGUGGAAUUAUUUGGAGUGCGGUCGCAGAUGAUUAUAACAGCCUGCUCGCCUCUCGAGUCUUUGCCAGCUUCGGCUAUGGUGCGAUCGAAUCUCUUGGGCCCAGUAUUCUCGCAGACCUGUUCUUUGAACGCAACUACUCCAGUGCGAUGGCUUUGUAUGCUGCGUCCCUGUCUGGAGGCUCUCAGAUCGGCCCGGUGAUUGCCGGAUACCUCAUCGAGGCUCGGGGAUGGCGGUGGUUCUUUAUCCUCUGUGCCAUUCUCGCGGCCUUCAACUUUGUCACCGCCAUCUUCAUGCUCCCAGAGACUACCUACGAGCCUGAAGCUGAAGAGGAACCCGAGCAGGUUGAGGAUCUUGAGAAAGACAGCCACAGCCACGUUGAGGCUGUCCGCCGCAUCCAAUCUCAAGUGGGCGACCGUGUCGAUAUGGAUUACGGCCUACACUUCAAGGGACUGUUCACCUUCAGCCUCACCAAAGAGGCUCGGGAGAAAGGUGUCUUCAAACACUUUGCCUACCUGUUCAUGCUCCCAUUCCCUCUACUUCUCGUACCCGGCGUGUUGAUCGCAUCGAUCAUGUACGGAGUGGUCCUCGGAGGCAUCGUCGCCAUUUCCACUCUCGCUCCUGAACUCUUCUCCCCACCCCCCUACCUCUUCUCAUCCGCCGACCUGGGUCUCUUCACCCUGAGCAGUUUCGUCGGUAUUGUCAUCGCCUGGCCCAUCGCUGGACCCCUAACCGAUCUUCUCUCCCGCUGGAUGCGCAAGCGCAACAACAACGUCCACCAGCCCGAGCACCGUUUGCCUGCCUUGAUCCUCCCCUUCCUGAUUUGCCCCGUCGGUUUGGUCGUCUUCGGAUACACAGUCGCCAACCACCAGCACUAUGUCCGCCCAGCCGUGGGAUCUGCUAUCUGCGCUGCUGGACUGACCCUCGUCCCCUCUGUGAUGCUCUCAUACGUCGUGGAUGCCUACCCCAGAGUUGCCGGUGAAGCCCUUGUCCUGGUCAACACAUCGAAGAAUCUCGUUGCCUUUGGACUGGCCACCAGUGCGUAUGCCUGGAUGGAGGAGAAAGGCGUAGCCACAAUGUUCUAUGAGUUUGCUGGAGUUCAAUGGGCAUGUCUUGCAUUGGCUUUGCCGCUCUACUUUUUUGGUCCCUGGGUACGGGCUCGGACACAGAAACUGUUUUAA